AUGGAUUUUGAAACUCAGAGGUUGGAAUUAACCACCAUCUAUAAUGAAUACAAAUCAUUCUUUCCCAAGUGUGAAUUAAUCAUUUCCAAAGCUGUGUCUACUAGCACCAACACAGUUCAAUUAGGAAACGAUGAAGAUAUUUAUGCCAAAAUAAUCAACAAAAAGAAAAGUUCAAAUACUGGAGUUGAUAAUCAUAUCCUACUUGAAACCCAAGAAGGUAAAUCAUUGAUCAUAUCCGUCGAUAUAAAAGGUUGGCAUAGUUUAAAUGAUGUGACUACUGGUGAGUUACAAUCUACUUAUUACGAAACAUUCGAAGCAUUAAUGAAUAAUCUAUCACCUAAUUUUCAAUUGAAAUUUGGUAAUGAAUUAUCCAAUAAAUUGAACGAUCUUUUUCAAUUACAACAAUCACAAUGA